CCAGAGAGCGAUGUGACUCGGCCCGCCCGUGUGCUCCUGUGUCCGUUCCGCUUUGCCUUCCCAGAACCGAUGGAUCUUGUUGGAUGUUAGAUCAGCACGCGUGUACGCCGUUUGGCUCUGGAACAUUUCUGCCAGAGCAUGAUCCGAUCCGUCCUCUUCUCUCAGAACCUGCACCAGAACUGCUUCCUGAGCCUGGCGUCCAUGGCCUCCCCCUCGCGCAGUAGCCAGGCCCAGCAGCGCUCCAAGGAUGUGGUCCGGCUCAACUUCAGUCCAGAGACCUACGCUGUGUCCAACUCCCUACUGCUGGGUCUGUCCCGCUCCACCAGUGACACUGACUUGGUUUCCCCCGAUGCCCGCUCCACUCUCACGGCCAGUGCCUCACACUACACCGUGGGGCAGUCCCAAGAUCUGGUCAUAUCCUGGGACAUUAAAGAGCAUGUGGAUGCUGGGGACUGGAUUGGAAUGUAUCUCCUUGAUGAAACGUCUUCUGAAAACUUCCUGGACUACAAAAGCAGAGGAAUUAGCGGUUCCCAAAAGGGACAGAUUGUGUGGAAAUUUGACACAAGCAUACCCUUCCCUAAUGCUGAGACUCAGGUGUGCUUCAGGUAUUACCAUGGAGACAGUGGAGCUUUGAGAGCAACCACCCCCAGUGUCACCAUCAAGACCAGCACGUCUACAGUGUCAAAGACAGUGGUGAGCCCAGAAGUGAACACUGAACAGGGCAGGAGGAGGCUCAUCAGCUUCACUCUGUCAGACAUCCAGGCUGUGGGGAUAAAGAAGGGGAUGUUUUUUAAUCCGGAUCCCUACCUGAAACUGUGCAUUCAGCCGGGAAAACACAGCAUCUUCCCAUCUCUGCCUCACCAUGGACAGGAGAAGCGCUCUGGAGUGGCCUGCAACACCGUCAACCCUCAGUGGACUGCAGAGAGGUUCAGCUUUGUGUCUCUUCCCACUGAUGUCCUGGAGAUAGAGGUCAAGGACAAAUUUGCCAAAAGUCGACCAAUCAUCAAACGGUUCCUUGGAAAACUGUCCAUCCCGGUUCAAAGGCUGCUGGAAAAACAUGCCAUUGGUGACCGUGUUGUGAGUUAUACUUUAGGUCGGAGGUUGCCCACAGAUCAUGUCUGUGGACAACUGCAGUUCCGUUUUGAGCUAACUUCAUCUAUUCACCCAGAUGAUGAGGACUUGUCACUUGUCAUUGAAGUACCAGCACUUGAAACCAAUGCAGAAGACAAUAAUCACAACAACCCUGAAGAGGACACUGUCAGCGUUGGACCGGACAUCAUGGAUCUCCCUGGUGAUAGUCCUAAAGACCCCUGUGCACCAGAGCUAACUGCCCCCACACCUGAGACUGCUCCUGCCCAAUCAGAGAGCCCAGAGCAGGACAAGGAACAGACGUUAGAAGAAGUGGCAAAUGGUCCUGAGAACAAUGAGGUCCAGGCUGAAGAACUAAAUACCAAUGAAGAGGGGGGACAGCAAUUACAGGAAGUGCCCAUAGAGGUGAUUGAAGGGCCCAGAGAUACUGAGAAUGAGACAAAGAUUGAACCACCACAAGAAACAACUAAUGAUAAAGAUUUAACUAUAGAAACCGAGAACUCAGAUAAAUUUGACCCAACCCAAGACUCAAAUAUCGAGGCAUCUCUGGUGACACCUCAGGCAGUGACUAAUGGAGACCUGAGCCCUGCCCCCUGUGGCUGCCAGUCCCUCUUCUCAAACUACAACUCCCAAGCUCCUUCAGGGCGUAAGACCCGCCCCUGCUCUCUACCAGUGUCUGAGCUGGAGACAGUGAUAGCCUCUGCCUGCGGGGAGCCUGAGACUCCCCGGUCUCACUACAUCCGGAUACACCACCUGCUCCACAGCCUGCCCUCAGCUCAAGCAUCCAGCCUGGAGGAGCCUCAGGAGGAAGAGAGCCAAAAAACAUCUUCAGCGCCCCAGACACCCAAACUCACAGAGGAAGUGCCAGAGGAAGAGGAGGAUGAAGCGACACAGUCCCCCUCACAGGUCAUAGAGUGUUCAGGCCGGUGUUGUCGUCGCACUCUUCCCCGCAGCUUGUCCAUCGAGCGGCUGUCCGAGCUGAACCACUUGCUGGAGCGCGGUGAGGGGAGGAGGCCGCCUGGGUCCUCUUCAUACAGUGAGGAAGAGCAGGGUGGUCCCGGGAGCAGCUCCAGAGCAGGAGGGGAGCACGACUGUGAGUUCUGUGACACGUCCUGCUACAGCACCUCCUGUUAUAGUACGUCCUGCUACAGCACCUCUGCUCAGAGCCACUCCAUGUAUGAGGGCAGGGAGCACGCACGCCUCUCCUCUGCCGACAGUAACCGGCUCUCCGGCAGCACCGUGUUCUCCUCCCAGGACGAGGAGGAUGAGGAGAAUAGCGCCUUCGGGUCUGCGUUAGACGAAGGGCAGGAGGGAGGAGCUGGACGUCCGCUCACCCAGAAAGAAGCUCGUCAAGGGGAGACAGGAAUGUGUGCUGUCCCGGGGGUCCCAGGUCCUAGUGAGCGGCAUGGCAUAGGCUCAGACUCCAUUCCUCCUCUUUGUCAUCUUCCCGUCCUGAGACCCAGCCAUGAGCUAAACCAUUUCUCUCCUGCCAAUGACACAGCCUUACCUCCAAACUGGGAGGCCCGCGUGGACAGCCAUGGCAGAGUGUUCUAUGUGGACCACGUGCACCGGACCACCACCUGGCACCGGCCCAACCACAGCGAGUGUGGCACCAAGUGUAGCCAUGGCCUGCCCCGCUCCGGGUCCACCCAGCAGAUGGAGCAGCUCAACCGCAGAUACGAAAGUAUCCAGAGGACAAUGGCCACAGAAGAUGAGGGGGAAAGCUCACGGCCAGAACGCACAAACAGCUCUGAUACACAGGCUGAGUGGACUCCAACAGGUCCAGGCUCACAAUCCAGUAACACCAAGCUCAGCCAUCUCCUCCAGUCACCUGCGGUCAAAUUCAUCACACACCCGGAGUUUUUCACUGUGUUGCACAGUAACUAUGCAGCCUACAGGAUGUUCACCAGCAGUAGCUGUGUCAAACAUAUGAUCUUAAAAGUCCGUCGUGAUGCCAGAAACUUCGAGCGCUAUCAACACAACAGAGACUUGGUGGUCUUUCUCAAUAAAUUUGCAGAUACCCAACUGGAGCUGCCACGGGGCUGGGAAAUCAAGACAGAUCCACAGGGCAAGUCUUUCUUUGUAGAUCAUAACAGUCGUGCUACCACCUUUAUCGACCCUCGAAUCCCUCUACAAAAUGGCCGCCUUCCAGGUUACCUUGCUCACAAACAGCACCUUCAGAGGCUGCGCAGCUACAGUGCUGGAGAGGCAUCAGAAGUGUCCAGAAACCGUGGGACUUCCUUAAUGGCCAGACCGGCGAACAUGCUAAUAGCUGCAAUACGCAACCAGCACUUAGAUCAACAAAUGUCCCCUCCUUCCUAUAACGACAAGAUUGUGGCCUUCCUCCGACAACCAAACAUCUUUGACAUGCUUCAGGAUCGCCAGCCAAGUCUGAGCACAAACCACGCUCUCAGAGAAAAGAUCCACUAUAUCCGCACAGAAGGCACUGCAGCAGUGGAGAAGCUAUCAUGUGAUGCAGACCUGGUCAUUCUUCUCAGUUUAUUUGAGGAUGAGGUGAUGUCUUAUGUGUCCCCUCAUCCAAUCCAUCCUGGUUUUAACUUUUCACCCCGCUGUUCUCCCGGCUCAUCCCCACAGAACUCUCCAGGGCCUCAGAGAGCCAGGGCACCGGCUCCGUACCGUCGAGACUUUGAAGCCAAACUCAGAAACUUCUACAGGAAGCUAGAAGCUAAAGGCUAUGGCCAGGGACCAGGCAAGAUCAAACUACUUAUCAGACGAGAACACCUUCUGGAGGGGACGUUUAACCAGAUCAUGGCCUAUUCUCGGAAAGAAUUACAGCGGAGCAAGCUUUACGUCACCUUUCAUGGAGAAGAGGGACUGGACUAUAGCGGUCCAUCCAGAGAGUUCUUCUUCCUGUUGUCUCAGGAGCUGUUUAAUCCUUAUUACGGCUUGUUCGAAUACUCGGCCAACGACACGUACACGGUUCAGAUUAGUCCCAUGUCUGCCUUUGUGGAGAACUACCUGGAAUGGUUCCGCUUCUGUGGUCGUAUCCUGGGCCUGGCAUUGAUCCAUCAGUACCUGUUGGAUGCUUUCUUCACCCGUCCAUUUUACAAGGCUCUUCUAAGACUACCCACAGACUUGUCUGAUCUGGAGUACCUGGACGAGGAAUUCCACCAGUCUCUACAGUGGGUCAAGGACAAUGACAUCACCAACAUCCUGGAGCUCACCUUCACUGUCAACGAGGAAGUCUUCGGGCAGGUAACCGAGAGAGAGCUGAAGUCUGGAGGAGCCAACAUCCAGGUGACAGAGAAGAACAAGAAGGACUACAUUGAAAGAAUGACUAAGUGGAGAGUGGAGAGAGGAGUGGUGCAGCAGACAGAGGCGCUCAUCAGGGGCUUCUAUGAGGUGGUGGACUCCAGGCUGGUUUCAGUGUUUGAUGCCCGUGAGCUGGAGCUGGUGAUCGCAGGGAGAGUGGAGAUCGACCUCAACGACUGGAGGAAUAAUACUGAGUACAGAGGAGGCUAUCACGAUGGCCACAUAGUAAUGCGCUGGUUCUGGGCUGCUGUGGAGAGAUUCAACAACGAGCAGCGACUGCGCCUCCUGCAGUUUGUCACCGGGACAUCCAGUGUGCCCUAUGAAGGCUUCGCUGCUCUGCGGGGGUCCAACGGUCUGCGGCGCUUCUGUAUCGAGAAGUGGGGCAAGAUCACAUCACUGCCCAGGGCGCACACAUGUUUUAACCGCUUGGACCUGCCUCCGUACCCCUCCUACUCCAUGCUGUACGAGAAGUUGCUGACGGCUGUGGAGGAGACUAGCACCUUUGGUCUGGAGUGACCCCCACUAGGACAUCAUCCCA